AUGGAUCCGAAUCCGGAAUCAGCUUGUUCAUCUACCGGGCGAACAUGUGCGGUGUGUGGGGACAGCCCGGCAAAAGUGCACUACGGAGUGUUGGCGUGUUUUGGAUGCAAAGGCUUUUUCCGGAGAGCCGUCAAAGAUGGACGGAAUAAAUACGUGUGCCGCUAUGAUCGCCAAUGCCCCGUCAAUAAGUACGAGCGGAACAGCUGCCGGUACUGCCGUUUCCGGAAGUGUCUACAAGUUGGCAUGAACCCUGAUGCGGUACGCCCCGAUCGUGAGGAACUGAAAGAGAAAUGUCAUAUGCGGCCUUUGCUGUCGAAGAAGAAAAGCGUCACCAGGACGGCUUCCGGAAGAAUCGCCGAUGAGGAGGAGUGGACAAGGUUUAUGACGCCGGAGCAGAGGACGCUUCUCUUCCAAAUGAAUAAGCUGGAAACGGAGGUGCAGAACGCCAACGAGUACAGCUACGAUACGGUGUCCGAUUUUAAUUUGAAAAGUCUGGUGGCCGAUCGGAUGCUGGCCGAAAGGAAUUCGUCGACUCGGCUCUCCACCUCGUCAGCACAUUUGAAUGCCGAUCUCGGGUUGACGGCGAUCUGGAGGAUUGUCGGUGUUGUGGAAUGGGUGGAAGGAGUCGUCAGACUGACAGAGGAAGGACGCCACAUCGUCACGGUUGAGGACAAAACGGCCCUUGUCGAAGACACCUUUGCCCAGCUGACGCUAUUUUCCCUGGCCGUCCGGGUAGCUUUGAGCCCACAUUCCGAACCCGUCGCCCUGCACCAUGCCUUGCAACCAUGUUCUCGAAUUUUUGCUGGCGAAGCCAUCCGCCGCCUCCUCUCCGAAGUCGUGAGCCCGCUGCGCAAGUUGGAGCCGUCCGAUGCCGAGUUCGUGCUCCUGAAGGGGAUAAUUGUCUUGAACCCUGACGCUGCUGGCAUCUGCAACGCUGCCUCGUCAAGCCUGCGCGACAAGCGGGACAUGCUUCAGAAUCUGCUGCUCAAGACCAUCAAAAAGAGCCGGCCGAAGAACAACACGCAGCCGGGCAGCCAUUUCGGGAACUUGUUGCUGUUGUUGCCACCUUUGAGGCAACUCGGCUGCGAGCUAAUCAAUCAUCUACGUGCAAAUUUCCCCAGGAGCGGCCCGGCGACGCCGUUCAAGAAGAUCCUCUGCGACGUCUUCAACCCGGUCUACGACGACCUGCUCCUACAGCGCGAGCAAGAGCGCAGCGACUCGGAGCAGACGGAUGGUGGCGGCCAGAAUCGGCCAACGCUCCAAAUCGAAUGCUCCACGUCGCAACCCCUACCUCCCACCACCCAACCCCAAUUUUGUGCUCCGCAGGCCCCAGCCUUCCGCCCUCCUCCCCAUUUCGGCGGUCCUCCAUCAACUUCUCCUUUCAUGUCGGGAUUCCCCUCCUCCAUCAGCCCGUCAUUUGGGGCUCAAUCGUCGUCCUCCUCGCUGUGCUCCCCGGCCUCGUGCUUCCACACCCCGCCUCCGCUCUACAGACCAUCGGCGUUGUCGCCGUUUUCCAUGAGCGGCGAUCUCGGCCAUCCGGAUCGCCCGACCUCGCUGUCCAUUCCGAAAAUCCCGCUCCACCUGACCCGCUCCAUCGAGGAGAUGCUCAAGCCGAAUGGAAGCCAACAAGUCGACGAACUCAACAGGCCGCUCGCCUCCGACUGGGCGGAUACGGUGGGCUACAGUACCCCGGUGUUCAACCGGGACGUCGUCUCCCAAUUCUUCCCCGAGAUCAACGCCACCCAUACGUCUUUG